GCACGUGCUUUACCACAGAGGGCGUUGUUGUUGACGCAACAUAAUAGUCAAGCUAUUGGCGGUUAGCAGGCGGCUCGGGGCGGGACCCUUGAAAAUAGAAACAAGAAACCGUGUGGUCUUGUCAGCCCCGGGAUAUCGUUCAUAUUUUAUAUUAUAUUUGUUAUAAAAUACGUACGUAGGUAAUCUGAUUUUAACAAUGUAGCUAGGAUAGUGCAUGGUUGGGUAUAGGUUCUUGCUGGAAACUAACGUUCCACAGUUAUCGCGAUGUCUUUGAAAUCUAAAUUAACGUUCUAAUCGCAAUAAUCUCAGUCGGUGACUGGACAGCGUACGUUAAAAGUCAACAAAGAGACUGAAAGUCGUUACCAAAAACACUACAAAAUGCCUCCGAAAAAGCAGCACCAAAAGCCAACAACAGCCAACGUCUCCAGUUCAUUGGACCUGGAGUCUGAGGACAUCAGUCUGGAGACGACGGUGCCCACCACUGAGGAUGUUUCUUCGUCUGACGAGCAGCGGGGUGGCUCUCAGAAGGUGACCCGUCAGCUCAUCGAGAGGAAGGAGCUGCUGCAUGCGGUCCAGCUGCUGAAAAUCGAGCUUUCUCAAAAAAAUCUCAUCAUAGACAACAUGAAAGCCGACCACAUGUCAAAGGUCGAGGAACUGGAGGAGAAGCUGAAUGACACCCUGCAUCAAAAACAAGUACUGAACCUGAGACUGGACAGCCAGUUGAAACUUGCUCAGGAGGAGCACAGGAAGCAGCAGACUCUGCGUAAACAGGAGAUGGAGACCAUCCUGCUCAGACAGCAGCAGCUGGAGGAGACAAACCGACAGCUCUGUCAGAAGGCUGGAGAGCUACGGAGGUCUCUUAGGGAUCUGGAGAUCUCCCAGGAACGGUACCAGGAGCUCUGCAGCCUCCCUGAGGACAACAUCUCUAUACAGGAAUAUGUAGCUAUGCGUUUCUAUGAGACUGUGACCCCUCUACGGACACAACUGACUCAACACAGUGUGCAGAAAGAAUAUUUGACUGAAGAGCUGGACUUGCACAGAAGCAAGAUUAAAGCUUUGAUGGAGAGCUAUGAGGAGGAGCGCCGGAUACGUACGGAGCUAGAGCUGAGGAGCCAGAGACUGACGCUAGAGCUGGCUGAUACCAAACAGCAGAUCCAGGAAGGAGACUAUCGUCGAGAAAAUUACCCAAACAUCAAAUGUGAGCGGGACAACUUAGAAGCAGAGUUGAAGGAGUUAAAGAGGAGAUUUGAAACAGUGGACUUUGCUCACGCUGCACUGAUCAGAGAAAAGGACACUCUCAGCAAUGAGGUGGCAACAUUGCAGCAAUCAGUAACUCUCCUGCAGAAGGACAAGGACUACCUACACAGGCAAAACAUGGAGCUCAGUGUCCGCUAUGCACAUCAGGAAGACCGCCUGGAGAGGCUGCAGAUACAACUAGAAGACACAAAGAAAGCCAGGGAGGAUACUUAUGAAAAAUAUGUAGCAUCCAGAGACCACUAUAAAUCAGAGUAUGAAAAGAGGUUGAGAGAAGAGUUGGAGAACAUCAGACUGAAAACCAGUCAGGAGAUAGAGAACCUACAGAGAAGCUCCAGAGAGAUGUACGAGAGAGAGAACAGGAACUUGCGUGAGGCCAGAGACAAUGCUGUGCUGGAGAGAGACAGAGCAGUGUCUGCUGAGAGAGACGCUCAGUCCAGAUAUGACCAACUGCUGGAACAGUUUCGUCAGCUCCAGCUGGGCACUGAUAACCGGGUAGCAGAACUGUCCAACCAGGCCAAGCUACACUCCUUCGAAGCUGAGCGUGCUCAGAUGCUCAAGGAAGAGACGGCUAAGGCCCUGGCCCAAUGCCAGGUGGAGUGUGAGAAACAGCAGAAGAAACUGGAGCUCCUCACUCAGGAGUUUUACAGGCUACAAACGUCAUCUGAGAAGCGGCUGGCGGAGCUGCAAGCUCAGAAUGCCGAGCAGGCAUCUCGACUGGAGACGUAUGAGAAGCUCGAGCAAGAGUUGGACCAGGUCACCAUGCAGGCUGCUGAAAUUGAGAAUGAGGAGGAGGCAGAGAGAGUUCUGUUCUCAUACGGCUAUGGAGCCAAUGUUCCUACAACAGCCAAAAGAAGACUAAAACAGAGCGUUCACUUGGCCCGCAGGGUGCUGCAGCUUGAGAGGCAGAACACAUCACUGAGGAGAGAGCUGGAGAGACACCAGUCACAAACAGGACAGAUAUCAGAGGAGUUGUCUGCAGCCAACCAACUGUUGCAGCAGACGCAGCAGCCGUAUAGCUACCUGAUUGAGACAGUGAGACAAAGGGAUGCACAGAUCAACAUGCUGAAGGAACGUGUCUCCUCUCUUGAGGAUGAUGUCAGCUCCCUCAGGAAAGAACGUGAUUCUCUACAACAUGUAAAGAAUGACAUGGCUGCUGACUUGGAGCGACUUCUCAACCACAGAGAGGAGUUGGCGAUGAUGAAGCAGGUCCUGAUCAGCAUGCGGUCCAGACAGGGUGACGCUCUGAACCUGUUGGAAACUGAUAAAUCUACUUUCAGGACUGCUGGUUCAAGAAAACUUCAGUCCAAACAUAUCAACAAGACCACAGAAGAAGAGUCGCCAACCAAGCCCAAACCCACUGUGUUUACCAAUAAAGAAGUUCCUGGUUGGUACCAAAAGCUGAAGCAGAAACCAAAAUAAAUAUUUACUACUGGUGCUUACUCAGGUUUUAAAUGAUUUAAAUGUAAGUUUAAUUCAGGCUUGUGUAUUUUAAACUUGCAAAUUACACUUAUUUUCAUGUCUCAACAAUUUUUCAAAUACAAAAGCACAAACUGUU